AUGAAACCGCAAACAAACUCAAAGUUUACAAAGAUAAAAAAACAAAAACAACUUUCUCAUAUGAUGGCAAGUUAUUCAGAUGAAGGAAGAAACUUUCAUUCUCCUGAAUACAAAUGGCCUAAGCUUACUAGUUUACAAGAAUUGUAUACUCAUUCAACACCUUUAAACCAAUCAUCAAAUUUGCAUCAAUUUCAUCCAUUAUCAUUAAGUUUUAAUGGAUUAAAAAAUGUAUCCAAUGUAGAGAAGACUACACCACUGUAUAGUCCAGUAACUGAUGAAGGAUAUUCUUCUGUUGGAUCCAGUUCAACACCGAUUAGUUUAUCGAACAAUCCAUUAACUACUGAAAUAUUUAAUCAUUAUAAAGAUUAUAUACAUCCUGGAUGUAUGCAUAAUUCUUCUAAUCAACGAGAAAAGUUAGAAAUUGUUGCUUUAGAAUUAUUAAAUCAAGCUCGCUUAAUUCCAAAUCAUCCAUGUUUUUCACAUUCAUUGAAUAAAGAUAUUUUAAUGAAAAGUGAUGAAAAUAAGAGAGCUUAUAUGCAUACAGUUUAUUCACAACAUCCUGAAGGAUACAAUGAAAAGUGUAAUUUAUUGUCUCAAUCAGAUAUGAGACUUGGAAGUCAUAACUAUACUUCUCUUACAAAGUCAUUGGCAUCGAUUACACCGAAUAUCUCGCAAAAUGAACAAAUAAAAUGCUAUAAACAACAUGAAAACAUUCUUAAGGUGACUACAGAUAAUCAUACUGUUGCUUCUACUGCUGCUACUACUACUAAUGUUGAUGUUGAUAUUGACUGUAAUCAAUCAGUUGAACGUCGUAGUCGUAUCUGUAAUCAAAUUCUUGGUCAAGUUCGUCGAGAAAUGAUUAAACUUAUCGACAACAGUAUGCAACAAUUAGAGACUUAUUUACAAAAUCAACAUUUUGAAAAAAACCUUCAAAAUUCACCAAAUUUACUAGGCUAUUGUAACUCUCAAUCAACUUGUCUUCAAGAUCUUAUCGAUGUUACUCCUCUGGAUCUAAAGUUUAAUAAAAGUACCAAUAAUACGGAGUUAAUGAGUAACAAUAGUGGCAGAUAUUGUCAGAAUCUAUACAAUAAAUCACAUGAUAAUCUUGUGUCUUCAACAUAUGAAACGUUGUCUACCACAGAGUUACAGCCAAUGUCAUCGAAAACAAGACCAUUACGUCUUAGUAAUAAAACGCGUAGAUUAAGAAUUCAUCAACUCAAUAGUCAAUUAUUUGCUAACAGAAGUCAAACAAAGAAAUUGAACAGACUGUCUCCUGGUCAAACUAAUAAACGUCAGAUAAGUGACGAUUCGAAAGAAUCACAGAGUAAAAUUCCUCAUUUGAAUGAGUCUCUGGAUUUGAGAAUUCAUCAUGAUGAUCGUGAUGAUCAAAACCAACCGGCACGGAUAGUGUUGUCAAACAGUUCUCAGAGUAACCAUUUGAAUACACGUUUGAAGAGAUCCAUGAUAGGUAGUCAGAAUAAAACAACAACCCUGAGUGCAGUUCAUCUGAAAAAAGCAAAAAUGAUGUUCAUGUAUUCACGUUAUCCAACAUCAAGUCUACUAAAAUCCUAUUUUCCUGAAGUGAUUUUCAAUCGUGGAUCUACUGCUCAAUUGGUAAAAUGGUUCAGUAAUUUCCGAGAGUUUUUUUACAUACAGAUAGAAAAGUUUGUUCGUCAACAGAAAGCAAACGGUUUAAAGAAAGUCGAUGAUAUUGUUCUACCUCGUGAACAUGAAUUAAUCCGCAGUAUGGAGAUACAUUUUAAUAAAGGUGAUGAAAUUGAAACUCCAAAUGAAUUUCUGAAAGCUAUCCAAAUUACCGUCUGGGAAUUUGCUGAUGCAAUUCUAAAUGAACAUGAUAUCAAUUCAUCAUGGAAGAAAGCGAUCUAUAAAAAAAUUUCUACUCUGGAUAUACAAUUUCCAGAAUUUUUUCGAUGUUAA